UCCAACCACAACCUAACCAUCUCCUCUGACCCACACAGGAAAUGGCCUUCAGCCCUAUACUGUGUAGGGUUCUAACUUCAGUAACCACAUCCUUGUACACAGGAAGUAGACACGAGUAUGCCAUUUAUGCUCUAGAGGCUCUGCAAUGGGAGACUGUGUGCUCUCUGUAGCCAUGGCAUUAGAGCAACAAUGUUGUGAUUCAACGUAAAGACCGGCGAUGACGUUUUGUGUAACAUAGAAAAACCCAUGGUUGCACUGGUGUGAGAAGAGCGACAGAGAGAGGGAUACAAGGGAAAGGGGGAUGCCUAGUCAGUUGUACAACUAGGCUAUAGUGCAUCGUUCAACAGUUGUGAUUGAAAGAGGAAACGGGCACCAGUGGUCCUAUCUGACAGAUUUCAUAGGAUCAGCUUCAAAUGAAGCCCCAUCAUAUCACAGUCUUCCUCGCUCUCCAGCUCCUCUCCAUAGAGGUCCCAGAGGUGUUGGCUGAGACAAGGACAGCCUUUGAAGGUCAGUCCAUCAUUUUGACCUUACCUAGUGAGCAGAUUGAACCUCAAAGUCAGGUUGAAUGGAGAUAUAGCCAACCUGGAAAAAAUAAGCUGCUGUCUAUAGUACAAUUUAACAAAGAUGGUGACCACAAGACAACCAUCUUUAACAACCGGACGCAGAUCCAGAAUAAUGGAUCUCUGAGUAUCCAGGGUCUCCGUCAGGGAGAUUCAGGGGAUUACACCUGCAGUGUGGUCUCCACAGGCAGAACCAUCCAGACAUACAUUGUUACUCUGAAUGUGCUGGGGGAGAGGGAAUCACACCCAACUGUCAGUGUCAUCUCAGAUUCACAGAACGUGACUACAACCAACACUUCAUCUAGCACCUCAGAUGUACCAGUUGGUGGGGAAACAGGGGUAGCACUGUGGAUUAUCAUCACAGCGGGUGGAUGCUCAGCAGUGUUUCUUACUAGUGUGCUAGCUGUGGUUGCAUUUCAAUGGAGAACGAGGCAAAGAUCCAGCACAGAUGAACCUGUCUAUAGUAAUACCUCCUACAUCAGACAUGGGCACUGUCAUGUCAGGGACUCCUGCCAAUCACGUUAACACUCCGGGAGUUACCAGAGCAACGACACAUCCUAGCGCAGGAAGGGGGAUGAUAGGAGAAAUGUCUUGAGCGAUAAGGAUGAGAGGGAAAGGAGAGGAAAAGAUGUAGAGAGAAUAAGAGAGGGAUGCAUUUCCAGCUUGAAGGUGGAGAGCAAGAACAAGUAAUAGGGUGAGAUCAGAGAUGCAUGAGAGGAACUUAAUUAAAUGUCUGGUUUCAAUAAACAAUUG